CAGAUCUUUGAACGUGCGGUCGUCACCCGUUCUCAUCGAGGAAAAAAUCAUUUGAUAUUGAAAUAUAUUGAUAUAUUAAUCGAGGAUGAGUGCACCCGCGUAUCAAUUUUUGGGUGAAAGCAAGACGAAGGAGAUGCUACAGAAAUUCACCGGUGAAAGGACUGGAUGGGUUCUCGUCGGUGAUAGGCAGUGGUUUUUUCCGAGAAGAUAUGUGGAUCAAGGACUCGGAUUUUUCGAGUUCAAGGCGAGACCUAGUGACACAUGGGUCGUUAGUUACCCUAGAUCAGGAACGACUUGGACUCAGGAGCUGGUCUGGCUUCUCUCGAAUGAUCUGGAUUUCGAGACGGCAUCGAAAAAAUAUUUGGCGGAGAGAUUUCCAUUUUUAGAGUUCAGUAUGUUUAAUCAUCCGGAAGUUACCGAGGAGUUUGUAGAAUUGAAUCAGGGCGAUCCCGAGAAGAUGGAUUUUUGCCGGAAGCUGGGGGUCCCCGGGUACGACGUGCUCCAGGCCAUGGACUCCCCUCGAUUCAUCAAAUCACAUUUUCCGUUUAGUUUACUCCCAGGAAUACUCGACGUUGGAUGCAAGAUCAUCUACGUGGCGAGAAACCCCAAGGACGUGGCUGUCUCCUGGUACCACCUGAACCGAGCCAUAAAGACUCAAGGAUACACCGGGACCUUCGAGGAAUUUUGGGACUACUUCGAGAGCAAUCUGACGCCCUGGAGCCCUUACUGGGAGCACCUGAAAGAGGCCUGGGCCCUGAGGCACCACCCGAACCUUCUCUUCAUGUUCUACGAGGAGAUGCACCAGGACCUGACGGAGUGCAUUCAAAAGGUCUCCAAGUUCCUGGGUAAAACGUACACCGAUGAUCAGAUCUCAGAAUUAUCUGACUACCUGGACAUCCGGAAUUUCAAAAACAAUCUGAUGGUCAAUUCCUCGGAGUUGAGGGACUGCAAGAUCAUUUCUGCUGGGAGUUUCGUCAGGAAUGGAAAGAGUGGAACCUGGACCGAGACAUUCACUGAGAAAUUGGAAGCAAGAGCUGACGACUGGAUUCUCCAAAAUCUCAAGGGCUCCGAUUUCGUCUUCCCGACCUUCAACAAUAAUUAUUAAUGAACGAACAGAUGCUCAAUAGGUCAAUAAUAAAACUAAUCCUGGGGAGUCAUUAUUAUUUAUAUUUUUUUAUGUUUGUUUAUGUCGUAUGGGAGAAAUAAAAAAAAUAAUCAUCAA